CCAGGAAGCACUCCUGCUCCACCCGCUGCCUAGCCGGAAGGAGUUCUGCGGGGUUCGUUGGGCGUUAGGCGCCACCAGCCGCACAUCUGGUGAGGAGCAGUAUUGACAGUUUGAAGAGGUCCCAGUAUGUCUGAAGUCGAAGGAGCUUCUGACCAGCUCAGUGAAGUGAGCCUUGAUGAGAAACAGAAGCCUGCCUCAGAAAAUGUAGAAAAUUCCCCCAGUGACAGUCCCGAGUAUCUCUCUGUUACCAUUGGAGCCACUGUGCCAACUGGCUUUGAGCAGACUGCUGCAGAUGAAGUAAGGGAGAAACUGGGCUCACAGUCCAGAAUCAGCAAAGACAGAGGCAAGAUAUACUUUGACAUUUCAGUGGAGAGUCUAUCUAAGGUUCAUGGUCUAAGAUCAGUUGAUAAUUUAUUUGUUGUUGUUCAGGAGUUUAGAGAUUAUCAGUUCAAAGAAACCAAGGAAGAUGUUCUAAAGGAUUUUGAAGAUUUGGCUGGGAAGCUUCCUUGGUCAGACCCUUUAAAAGUAUGGAAAAUCAAUACCAGCUUUAAGAAAAAAAAGACAAAACGUAAAAAGUUAACUCAGCAAAAUAGUAUAAACAAAGAAAAGGUGGAUGAUGAACAAGGAGACAUGGGAGCUGAGAAGCAGAUCACCAGUCAUACUGUGGAGGAGGUCUUAGAAACCAUUGAAAAUCAAGAUGACACCAUUGGUGAAACCCCCAUAUUAGCUUACAGUAAAAAAAUAUCUGAAAUACCAUCUGCCAUUGAGAAGGAAAAAGGAGUUAAUGAGAGCCCCAAAGAGGAAACUGAAUCUCAAGUGCUCAAGUUCCGAGUCACAUGCAACAGGGCAGGCGAAAACCAUUGCUUUACAUCCAAUGAAGCAGCAAGAGAUUUUGGGGGAGCUGUUCAGGAUUAUUUCAAAUGGAAGGCUGACAUGACCAACUUUGAUGUGGAGGUUCUCUUGAAUGUCCAUAAUAAUGAAAUAGUUGUGGGCAUUGCAUUGACAGAAGAGAGUCUCCAUCGAAGAAAUAUUACCCAUUUUGGUCCUACAACUCUAAGAUCCACUCUUGCUUAUGGCAUGCUCAGGCUCUGUUCUCCUCAGCCUACUGACAUAAUAAUAGAUCCAAUGUGUGGAACAGGUGCCAUACCAAUAGAGGGGGCUGCCGAAUGGCCUAAUUGUUAUCAUAUUGCUGGUGAUAAUAAUCCCCUGGCCGUGAAAAGAGCAGCAAAUAACAUCUUGUCAUUACUGACAAAGAGUCAAGUUAAAGAAAGCAAAGCAUUCUGGGGCCUGCCCAUAGAUGCUAUUCAGUGGGAUAUCUGCAAUCUGCCUUUGAGGACUGGUUCUGUGGAUAUUAUUGUCACAGAUAUGCCAUUUGGAAAGAGGAUAGGAUCUAAGAAGAGAAACUGGAAUCUCUAUCCAUCUUGUCUCCAGGAGAUGAGCCGUGUCUGUAGACCUGGGACAGGCCGAGCUGUGCUCCUUACUCAGGACAGGAAAUGCUUUGCCAAGGCAUUAUCCAGAAUGGGGCACUUGUGGCGGAAGGUGCAUACUGUCUGGGUGAACAUAGGGGGUCUUCAUGCUGCAGUUUAUCUUCUCAAACGUACUAGUCAAGUGUUCGUUCACCCUUCAGAACUAGAGCAUGAAAAAGAAACGUUUUGAGGAUAUACAAGAUGAAGACUGGCUUUUCUUCAUGUCUUUGAAAAUUAUGUUUACUGUGCCUCACACCACUGAAAAUGUCUGAGGCAGCAUGAGGAAAUGGCUAUAAAACACUCAGAAACAGUAACAAAAGUCAAGUUUGGUAGUGCAUCCAAACUGGUCUGAAUAUGUUCAUUUAACAGGAAUGUAGCAAGUGAAUAUUCUGAUAGGAAAGACAUCCCUAAAACUCAGGAGGGACUUGGUCCCUUGGGUAACUUAAGUUAUUAUUUUCCCCACGAACCAGGGAAUAGCUAUGUACCUUGUAUUUUUCCUGAAAGGACCUUAAGAUGUUUAGAAAGAUUGCUAAGAUGCUUUUCUCUGUGUUUUAGGCCUCCCACCACAGAACAGAUUUUCCAUUGUAGUUCUUGGGAAGAUAACCUAUUAGAAUGCCUCAGUUUAUAUUUCAGUGAAGAAAUAGCCUUACUUGAAGUGGCAUUCAUUCUUUCUUGUUACCUCAACUAAACAUCAGUUGAUUUUUAGAUAAUGUGCACAUACUACUCUAGGGCAGGAAGAAUGCAGAAGUCACAGGACAUUUAGGGAAAGUUGCCAUCUGCCUUAUAAAAUGAAGUAUAAUACACUAUGCUGUUCACCUUAGUAAUUUCAAAGAUUGUUUUGAAAAGGUGGUGAUUAACUUGUGCUAAACCAUUUCAGUUUUAUAACAAAGAUGCAUUUUAAUAGAUGACUAAGUCAUGGGACCAGAUCAAAUUAUAUAAGACUCAUUUUGUUUUUAAGUAACUUUGUAUUUGAGCUGUACAGAUACCAAAGUUGUUAGGGCAAACAGAUAUGUCAUUUUUGUCAGGCUCUGUUUAACACUAGAAAGCAUUUUUUGGUCAUUUUAAAGGAAGAAAGUAAUAAUAUAUGUUCACAUUGUGUUGGAAAAAAGCUUUAAUUUGGGAGUUUUUUUGUUUGCCUUUUCUCCAUAAUGAGCAGCAUUUAUGUUGGCAUGUGUCUCUCACUGCAUACUACACAAGUCCAUACAAUUGAAUGCCUCCCACUGAAAGCGGAUGGGGUUGUGAACAAAGAAGGUUAGUGUAACUUGAUUUGUUGUGUUCAAUUUUUUUUUCUACUUUCCAGAUGCAUUCAAUUUAAUCUUUUAAUGCCAUGUUACUGUAAUAAAAUUUUACUUAGCUGA